AUGAGUGGAUUGGAGCUUCUUUUGAAUCUUCCACUACCAAUAAUCACUGAUAUUCUGUCAAGAUUACCGACCAAGAGCAUUGUGCAAUGUCGUUGUGUUUGUAAGACAUGGCUCAAGCUACUCUCAGAAAAGGAGUUUGCUACUUUGCAUCUAUCCAGAUCUCCAAUGUGUCUCAUCAUAAACAAGCUCGAUUUUGAUUCUUCUUCUGGAAGCUGCUUCAGUCUGGUCGAACUAGAAGACGAACCCGGACACCAUAAUCUUAGUGUAGCAGGAAUGAAGCUCAUUCUCCCAUGCAGUUGUGAUGAAGAUGGUUUGACCAUUGUUGGCACUGUCAAUGGCUUGGUUUGCCUAAAUCAGCGUAAGUAUCUACAUGAUGCUGUUUACAUUUGGAAUCCAACUCUACGAGAGUCCAUUGCUCUUCCAACUCCAGAGGGUGUAAGAGACUAUCCAAAUUCCAUAAGUUAUGGUUUUGGGUUAAGCACAAAAAUUGGCCAGUACAAAGUGGUCAGAAUUUUUCUAGAGUUGGAGAAGAGUUCGCGGCGAAUAUUGAAGUCCAUUUGCCAUGUUUAUGCACUUGGAGAAGGGUCAUGGAGAGUGAUUGGCGAUUGCCCGUAUCUAAAUAGCUGUUGUUCACAUGGUGUCUUUCUGAACGGUAAUCUUCAUUGGCUGGUCGCUGAUUCUAAUGGUUCCGAACUCAUAUCUUGUUUUGAUCUUGAAAAAGAGUCAUUUGGUCCAUUUCCUGCUCCUCCUGAACUGAGCAAGGAUUUCUAUUUGACCAGCUUUGGUUUAUUUGGAAGCUAUCUAAGCGUGUGCGACAACACUUCAGACUUUCAAAUCUCCAUCUGGGUGAUGAAAGAAUAUGGAAUAAAGAAUUCAUGGGUUUUAGAAUUCGUUAUAGACAAGUGGUCUGCAGAUCUUCACGUGCUAUCGUGUGAAAUAGUUCGUGUUCUCAAAGUUUUCAGGGAUGGGGUGAUCUUGCUCUUGUGUAGGGAUGAUAUUUUGCUUUCCUACAAUUCUACCAGGGAAACCUUGCACCAGUUUGCCGUUCACAAACUCAUCAAGUCCUUUGAUGAUCGGAUGAAUGAAGAUAGCUCUCCCGAUGAAAGAUACCCUCGCAUCGAAGCAUUGGAAUUUGUCGCCAGCUUUCUUUCCCUUAAAGAUUUCGCAAUGGAGGCCGUUGAAACCAAAAAUAAGACUGGUAGACAUAGAUGUUGA